AUGCGCGGCGCCCAGGCCAGACGCUGCCACCCCUGGGCGCUCGUCCUGCCGACCACGGCGCUCAUCUUCUUCCUCCUUGGCCGCCUUAACAGCCGCCCGCUGCCCAGGGCGGGCGGCCGACAUGUGCUGCCCGUGCAAGUGCCCACAGUGCCACAUGCACUUGCGUUCGACGACGAGCAAGACAGCGCGGCCUCCCGGGGCUGGCCGCCCAGGGAGCAGGUCGCGCGGCUGGCCAAGUGCGGCCGCAUCGUGCUGGCCAUCGUGAACUGCGGCUUCCUGGACUUCGCGGACAACUGGGCACAGUCGCUGCUCAGGGCGGGCGUGGGCCACUUCGCGUUCGUGCCCCUGGACCAGAACGCCUACGCGCAGCUGAGGGAGCACUACCCGGAGCACACCAUACCCCCCCUCCCAAGUGAACUUGGGGGAACGGAGCUGCCAGACAGCAAGGAACACACGUACGGCACGCCGGAGUACUUCCGCCUGAUCAGGGGCCGGCAGACCAUCCUGCUGCGCUUCUUGCACCAGGGCCAUGCAGUCUUUCUGAGCGAUGUAGACACAGUGUGGAUGAGCGACGCCCUGGAUGAAGUGCCGAUCGGAAUGUACGACAUGAUGGCAGCCGACGAUGGCGACAUGAACAUCCCUGUAGGCACAGGACAUGGAAUGUAUGUCUGUGCAGGUCGGUGCCAAUAA